AUGGGAUCACACUUGUGCUCAAAGCUACAAGCUUUGUCCUCAAAGAUUAAACAAGCUUCCUCCAAUGGAAAAUGGCGGGAAGUGGUCUCUGGGUAUUCAGAGAUACAGAGAGCUGGGAUUCAAUUUAAGGAUCCUUUCGUUUUCCCCAUCGUUUUUAAAGCUUGUGCUAAGCUCUCAUGGCUGUCACAGGGUAGAUGCAUCCACGCGAGUCUGUUCAAAAGAGAGUUUGAAUCUUUUGUUUCCGUCGGGAACUCGAUUGCUGAUUUCUACAUGAAAUGCGGAGACUUGAAUUCCGCGAUGCGAGUAUUCGAUUGCAUGAAUUCGAGAGAUUCGGUCUCUUGGAACGUAAUCGUUUUCGGGCUUCUCGAUCAUGGUUUCGAAGAAGAAGGGCUAUGGUGGUUUUCAAAGUCAAGAAUUUUGGGUUUUGAGCCUAAUGUUUCGACAUUGGUUCUUGUGAUUCACGCGUUUCGUAGUUUACGAUCGUUCGUCGAUGGAGAGAAGAUUCACAGCUACGUGAUUCGUAGUGGGUUCUGGGGGAUUUCGUCUGUUCAAAACUCGAUCUUGUGCAUCUACUCAGAACGUGAUUCGUCAAGCACACGCAAGCUGUUCGACGAAAUGUCUGAAAGAGAUGUUAUUUCAUGGAGUGUGGUAAUCCGAAGCUAUGUGCAAAGCCAAGAGCCUGUUUUGGGAUUGAAGUUGUUCCGAGAGAUGGUUCGUGAGGCGAAAACAGAGCCUGAUUGUGUAACCGUUACAAGUGUUCUCAAGGCCUGUGCGGUAAUGGAGGAUAUCGAUAUGGGAAGAUCAGUUCAUGGAUUUUCUAUACGUAAAGGCUUUGAUUUGGGAGAUGUAUUUGUACGUAACUCACUCAUCGAUAUGUAUUCAAAAGGAUUCGAUGUUGAUUCAGCAUUUAGAGUGUUUGAUGAGACGACUUGUCGAAACAUGGUUUCAUGGAAUUCGAUUUUGGCUGGCUUUGUACACAACCAAAGGUACGAAGAGGCUCUUAAGAUGUUUGAUUUGAUGAGAAAAGAGGCGAUUGAAGCAGAUGAAGUUACGCUCGUGAGUCUUCUUCAGGUUUGUAAGUUCUUUGAGCAGCCAUUGCCCUGCAAGUCAAUACAUUGCGUGAUAAUCCGACAUGGUUACGAAUCAAACGAAGUGGCCUUGAGUUCUUUGAUUGAUGCAUAUACAAGCUGCAGUCUUGUUGACGAUGCAAGAACCGUGUUUGGUUCGAUGACGUACAAGGAUGUAGUGUCUAGUAGCACAAUGAUCUCUGGAUUAGCCCGCUUUGGAAGAUCCAAUGAAGCGAUCUCAAUCUUUUGUCAGAUAAAGGAUAAGCUCAAUGCAAUCACCGUCAUAAAUCUACUUGACGCAUGCUCUGUUUCAGCAGACUUGAGAAAAUCAAAAUGGGCACAUGGAAUUGCUAUCCGGAGAGGCUUAGCCACGACUCACAUCUCAGUUGAUACCUCUAUCGUUGACGCAUACGCAAAAUGUGGAGCCGUGGAAAUCGCGAGGAGGACAUUCGAUCAAAUUCCUAGUAAAAACAUCGUCUCUUGGACCGUGAUCAUAUCAGCAUACGCAAUGAGCGGUUUACCGGAUAAAGCAUUGGCAUCAUUCGAGGAAAUGAAACGAGAAGGUUACAAACCAAACGCUGUGACAUAUCUAGCAGUUUUAUCAGCUUGUAACCAUGGUGGAUUGAUCAAGCAAGGUCUCAUGAUCUUCAAAUCAAUGGUUAAAGAUCACAACAAACCUUCAUUGCAGCAUUACUCUUGCGUUGUAGAUAUGCUGAGUCGAGCUGGAGAGAUUGAUAAAGCGAUGGAACUAAUCAAGAACCUUCCAGAACACGUUAAAGCCGGAGCUAGUGCUUGGGGAUCGAUUCUAAGUGGUUGCAGGAACCGUUCGAAAAGUGGGAUCAUGACCAAGGAGGCAGUAGCUGAGGUUCUUGAGCUUGAGCCUUUGUGUUCUUCAGGGUAUUUGCUGGCUUCAAGCGUGUUCGCUGCAGAGGAAUCGUGGGAAGAUGUAGCGAAGAUGAGGAAGUUAGUGAAGGAGAGAAAUGUUCGGGUCGUGGCGGGUUAUAGCAUGGUUCUCGAAGGAUCCAUGGCUAGGAGGUUUUUGGCUGGAGAGAAGCUAAACCAGAGUGAUUAUGAGUUAACCGACGUCGUCAAGAGUCUUCAUCGAUGCGCAAGGUUAGAAGACGAAGUUACUGAUGGACUAAAGGCCCAAUGGGCUUAGCUAAAUAAUUAAAAUACGACUUAACGACACCGUAUUUGGCCUU